CUCUUUCCGGUCUGCUCUAUAAGUUGACAUUCGUCCUUAGCAAGUAGAGUUCAAUUUCACCACUUCUUUUCUUUAUAUCUUUCAAAACAAGCCAAUAUUAGUCCCCUUUCUAUCUUCCCAAAACUCAACAACCACCAUGGCUAUGGCUUUCAAGAUGGCGACUACGGGGAUGUGGGUAACUGAUGAAUGCAAGAACUCGUUCAUGGAGAUGAAGUGGAAGAAGGUGCACAGGUACAUAGUUUUCAAGAUUGACGAGAAGUCCAGGCUGGUCACCGUCGACAAGGUCGGCGGUGCCGGAGAAAGUUACGACGAUCUCGCCGCUUCCCUCCCCAAAGACGAUUGCCGAUACGCGGUGUUCGAUUUCGACUUCGUCACCGUUGAUAAUUGCCGGAAAAGCAAGAUCUUCUUUAUUGCCUGGUCACCGGCGGAAUCAAGAAUUAGGGCAAAAAUUCUGUAUGCGACGUCGAAAGACGGGCUGAGGAGAGCACUGGACGGGAUUCACUACGAAGUUCAGGCGACCGACCCGACGGAGAUGGGGAUGGAUGUGAUUCAGGAGAGGGUGAAAUAGAUGAAUGAUGAAGGAGAGCUGUCAAAAUCAUCUUUUUUAAGCACUAUAUAUAUACGAUAAUAAUAAUAACUCCACUAAGUGUCAAUGUUCGUUCUUCUUUAAUUUUGUUGGCUACUGUACUGUGACGCCUACUUCCUUCUUCAUUCUCUUGUAAGAUCUAUCUCUCUAAUGUUGCCUAUCCUCAGCUUAAUCCUCCUCCUAAUCUUCUGUAAUAAUUGUCUUGUCUUUUUCACCUAAUUUAACCCCACAUAAUUAUACCUUU